UUUUUUCUCUGUGUGUAUCAUUGAAUGAUUUGUAAACUUUGCGUAGUGCGAACCUGGUAAUUUUAUUUAUUGCAAAGCAAUGAAUGCUGAAUUUGGUGAAAUAAUCGAGCCAUCUACGCGUGCCUUCUGGGAUGAUUAUGAUGAAAAUGAGGAAGAUCGUGUAUCAUUGCUACCAUUUGAAUGGGAAUGGUUGAAUGAGGAAAACACCGUACAAAAGAUCGACCAUAUAAAAAUGCUUCUUAUUUUUGAAGGACAAGGAAUAUCUAGUUUUGUUGGAACCGCUGUUUUGAGAGGAAGAGCACCUAUCUGUCGGUUGAGUAAUGGAUCAGUCAGUGUUUAUUACAUUGCAGAUCAAGGUUUAUUAGUUUGCCUGUCGGAGGAAAAAGAACUCAAUAACUUUGCCCGUAUCACGGAGAAACUAAUCAGCUGGAUUGAAUCAGCCGGACAAGUUGUUACACUUUCGUUCCAGCCUAGUGUAAUGCACAAAGGUACCAAUGCUGGAGAGGCGGACGAAGCAUGCUUCAUUCGAGCCAUAAAUGGAAAAGUAAACUCAGUCCCAGAGCUAGAGGCACCCAAUGUAAUUACCGGUAUAUCGGCAGGUGCAUUUAGUUAUAGAAAGUUUAGGAAUCAGGAAGCAUCUGCAUAUGUUUGCUAUUUGGAUUCUUCAGUGUUGGAUUCAGUUUCUACCAAACCUGUUCUCCGGUUACUCCGCUCUCUGUCCGUUGAUUGUGAUCUUAGCUAUCAACUGAAGUUUGUGGAUGGUUCGAAUCUAUAUUUGUGAAUAAAAUUGAGCGAGCUGGUCUUAAAA